CAAUGCAGGAGACAUGGUUCUAUCCCUGGGUCAGGAAGAUCCACUGGAGAAGGAAGUGGCAACCCACUCCAGUAUGGAAAAAGCUACGGAUAGAGAAGCCUGCGGUCUCUAGUACAUGGCAUCACAAAAAGACUGGGACAUGACUUAGUGACUAAAACAACAAUUGGAGUCCUAGAAGGACAGGAGAGAGAAUAUCUGGCUUGGCUGCAAUGAUAUCUGUCACCUUACUUGUUUUUCUCUUGACCCUAGUGGCUUACUUAUAACCAACUGAAUAGAGGUGAAAGUGAUAUCCAAGCUACAUAGAGCAACUGCAUGUAGGUAUGCAGUCAGCAGUCCUGGCUGAGCCCAGCAUUUGAGAUAUUCCAGCUCAGGGCCCAUCAUGUGAAUGAAGAGGCCUCCAGAUGGACCCAGCUCCCCACCUUUCAUCUCUUCCAAGAUUCACUAAGAAUCUUUCCCCGGACAAAAUCAAUUUGAGCACCCUGAAAGGGGAGGGUCAGCUGACCAACCUGGAGCUGGAUGAAGAGGUUCUACAGAAUGUGCUGGAGCUCCCCACCUGGCUAGCCAUCACUCGGGUUUACUGCAACAGGGCGUCGAUCCGGAUCCAGUGGACAAAGUUGAAGACACACCCAAUUUGCUUGUGUCUGGAUAAGGUAGAGGUGGAGAUGAAGACCUGUGAGGAGCCUCGGCCGCCCAAUGGACAGUCUCCCAUUGCCCUCGCUUCAGGACAGAGUGAGUAUGGCUUUGCUGAGAAGGUGGUGGAGGGGAUGUUCAUCAUUGUCAACUCCAUCACCAUCAAGAUUCACUCCAAGGCCUUCCACGCUUCUUUUGAAUUGUGGCAGCUCCAGGGCUACAGUGUCAACCCCAACUGGCAGCAGAGUGACCUGCGCCUCACCCGCAUCACUGACCCACACCGAGGAGAGGUUUUAACAUUUAAGGAAAUAACUUGGCAAACACUUCGAAUUGAGGCAGAUGCUACAGACAAUGGUGAUCAGGACCCAGUCACCACUCCAUUGAGGCUUAUUACCAACCAAGGCAGGAUCCAGAUAGCCCUCAAGAGAAGAACCAAAGAUUGCAAUGUGAUAGCUUCCAAGCUGAUGUUCCUGUUGGAUGACCUGCUCUGGGUGCUAACGGACUCGCAGCUCAAGGCUAUGAUGAAAUAUGCAGAGUCGCUGAGUGAGGCCAUGGAGAAGGCUGCCCAGCAGAGAAAGAGCCUGGCCCCUGAACCUGUACAGAUCACCCCACCUGCUCCCAGCGCGCAGCAGUCCUGGGCCCAGGCGUUUGGUAGCAGCCAGGGCAGCAGCAGUAGCAGCAGCAGCCGCCUCAGCCAGUACUUUGAGAAAUUUGAUGUGAAAGAGUCCUCCUACCAUUUGCUCAUCUCGCGCCUGGACCUGCACGUUUGUGAUGAUAGCCAGUCCCGAGAGCCAGGUGUCUCUGCAAACAGACUCAUGGGUGGUGCAAUGCAGCUAACCUUUCGCAAGAUGGCAUUUGACUAUUACCCCUUCCACUGGGCAGGUGAUAGCUGUAAACAUUGGGUGCGUCACUGUGAGGCCAUGGAGACCCGAGGCCAGUGGGCCCAGAAGCUGGUGACAGAAUUUCAGAGUAAGAUGGAGAAGUGGCAUGAGGAGACAGAUCUGAAACCACCCUGGCACCUGGGGGUAGACUCUUCCUUCCGGAGGAAAGCAGAUUCUUUCUCCAGUCCUCGAAAGAACCCCCUUGAAAGAAGCCCUUCUCAGGGCCGGCAGACAGUCUUUCGGCCUCCAGCAUGGAAUCGCCUGCGCUCUAGCUGCUUGGUCAUAAGGGUGGAUGACUUGGACAUCCACCAGGUUUCAACAGCUGGACAGCCCAGUAAGAAGCCAUCGACACUCCUGUCCUGCAGUCGGAAGCUUCACAACCUCCCUACUCAGGUCUCUGCCAUUCAUAUUGAGUUCACAGAGUAUUACUUCCCUGAUAAUCAGGAGCUGCCAGUUCCCUGUCCCAAUCUUUACAUUCAGCUAAAUGGUCUGACAUUUACUGUGGAUCCUGUCAGCUUACUCUGGGGAAACCUCUUCUGCCUGGAUUUGUACCGCAGCUUGGAGCAGUUCAAAGCUAUCUACAAGCUGGAAGAUUCCUGCCAGAAAGAUGAACAUCUGGACAUCCGCCUGGAUGCCUUCUGGUUGAAGGUGAGCUUCCCGCUGGAGAGGAGAGAGCGGGCUGUGUUGCAUCGUCCCCAGUCCCUUGUCCUGUGUGCAUCAGGCAUGACUGCCACCAAUACCCGUCAUGCUCCACACUGUAGCCGUCCAGACCUCCAGAGUCUCUUCCGGGGUUUUGCUGCUACUGAGUUCUUUCAUUCCAGUUAUGUUCAGUUUCCCAAGGUACCAGGUGGCUUCAGCCUUCUGCACAUGUUUUUUAUGGAUCACGCCUUCCAGAUGGAUUCCUGCCUCCCACAGUCUAGUGUCCUCCCCCCUCAGAGGCUUAAGGCUUCCCAGGACCUCUGGUCCAUCCACUUCACCCAGAUCUCCUUGGACUUUGAGGGAACAGAGAACUUCAAAGGCCACACUCUGAACUUUGUGGCCGCCUUCCCCUUGUCCAUUUGGGCCUGCCUACCCCUCCGCUGGCAACAAAUGCAGGCACGAAAGCUCCGUAUGGCCACAGAAGGGAGGCUGAAACCGUCCGCCAGCUUUGGCAGUCCUGUCCAUUCUGAGGUCCUUGCGCCUGACACUGUGUCCCAUCAGAGGUCAAAGACUGAGCAUGAUUUGAAAAGCCUGUCAGGCCUUCCGGAAGUCAUGGAGAUCCUGAAAGAAGGCAGCGGUGGUGUGGACAGCAAAGGGCCUCUGAUGGAGCUGGAGGACACGGCGGGCGUGCAUGUGCUUGUGCACUCCCCUGCGCAUGUCCGCCUGCGGCUUGACCACUACCAGUACCUGGCUCUCCUUCGCCUGAAGGAGGUGCUGCAGGGUCUGCAGGAGCAGCUGACUAAGGAUACAGAGGCCAUGACUGGGGCUCCCCUGCAGAACCAGACAGCCUGCAUUGGCAUCCUCUUCCCCAGCGCGGAGGUGGCUCUGCUCAUGCAUCCUCCCCCUGGGGCUGAUGAGGCUGACUCUGAGGGUUCAGAUACUACCAGCCUCAUAGAUUCAGAGCUGUCUGCUUCAGAGGACCGGGAGCUGAAGUCUGACGCCUCCUCAGAACAGGGCCCAGCAAGCCCCAAGAAGGUUCUGGAAGACGGUGGCAUUGAACAUCUGGAUGCAUCCCAGGACAGGCCACUGCCUCUCCACAGCAAUGGAGAAGUACAGGAUGCAGGGUCUCUUGCCCAGCAGGAGGCAGGGAAGGGCCACGAGGCAGUUGAUUCCUUACAAGCCAAGAGACUGAGCAGAGCCCAAGCAUCUGACUCACCAGCUGAGUUGAAGCCCCCAGGGAGCAGGGAUUCUGCUGUGAAUGGUCAGGGCGAGCUCAUCCCUUUGAAGAAUAUAGAGGGAGAAUUAUCUAGUGCUAUUCACAUGACCAAGGAUGCCACCAAGGAGGCACUGCAUGCCACCAUGGACCUCACCAAGGAAGCUAUGUCCCUGACCAAGGAUGCCUUCAGUCUGGGCAGAGACCGAAUGACCUCCACCAUGCACAAGAUGCUGUCUCUGCCACCGGCCAAGGAGCCUGUGGCCAAGGUAGAUGAAGGGGUGGCAGCCCCUGUAAGUGGAGGUGCUGCCCGACUCCGAUUUUUCUCCAUGAAGAGGACAGUAUCCCAGCAGUCAUUUGAUGGCGUCUCGUUGGAUAACAGCGGCCCUGAAGACCGGAUUUCGGUGGACAGUGACGGCAGUGAGAGCUUUGUGAUGCUCUUGGAGUCUGAGUCUGGUCCAGAAUCUCUUCCCCCGGGACCUCUUCCCAAUGCUGUGGACAGCGCUGGUGUUCAGGGGAGCCCUGCUGUGGACAGUUAUGGCCAGGGGUCACCGGAGGCCACUAGUUCGGUCUCCCCCAGUGGGGAUGCCCUCAGUCUCCACCAGGUCUCAGUUCUGGUCCUGAAGGUGAAUGAGGUGUCUCUGGGGAUUGAGGUACGUGGUGAGGACCUGACUGUGGCCCUGCAAGCAGAGAAGCUGACCCUCCAGCAGCCGGGCACUAUGGGACUCUGGCAGUUCCUGCAUGGACAGUGCCCAGGCACAAACUUUCAGGACUCCUCCACUUUGCAGACUGGCCACAUCAGGCCAGCUGUGGGCCUUCGCUUUGAGGUGGGGCCUGGUGCAGCUGUUCAUUCCCCUCUGGCCACACAGAACGGCUUCCUGCAUUUGUUGCUUCAGGGCUGUGACCUUGAGCUGCUCACUUCGGUGCUCAGUGGUCUGGGGCCCUUCUUGGAAGAUGAGGAGAUCCCAGUGGUGGUUCCCAUGCAGAUUGAGCUCCUGAACUCCAGGGUCACUCUAAAGGAUGAUAUCCCCCCCAUCUACCCCACCUCGCCAGGCCCCAUCCCCAUCACUCUGUCUGUGGAGCACGCCGUGCUGAGUCGGAGUGACGAUGGUGUCUUCCACAUAGGCGGGGCUGCUCAAGACAGACCAUCAGCCAAAGCAUCUAAGAGUGAGAAGCAGCAGCCCCCCAAAGAACAGGUGUUUUUGGUGCCCAGCGGGGAGGCUUUUGGUCCACAGGUGAAUGAACUACCUACCCUACAAAAGGAACUUAUAGAAACUAAACAAGCAUUGGCUCAAGCCAACCAGGAUAAAGAAAAACUUCUUGAAGAGAUUAGGAAGUAUAACCCCCUCUUCGAGCUCUGACAGCAGCGGCUCAGCCGUCUUUGCCGAGGAGAGAGGAUCACCAGCAGCCGCACCACCUGUGACAGACUCGCCCAGUGCUGGACAAGCCGGCUGGGGCGCGCAGCUCGCUCCUGGCGGCGUCCUUUCUACUAGCGGUCCUGACUUGGAUGGAAGAUGGGGCAAAGCAUGCCCACGUUCCGGGCCUCUUUGUGUGUGGCUCAGGCAUCACGUCUCGCCUGUCCUCUUGGCCCUCAGCACACUAGGUGGAAUCUUCUCAACACUGUAGGGUCAUUUCACCGCCUGGUUUCAUGGCAGAGACCUUUGCUUGCUCCACAACCUGUGUGAACAGGGCAGAGUCCCCAUCUCCUCGGUCAGUCACCCACAGAGUCACCAAAGGUUCUGUGUCUCAGAGUUUGAUUUCUGUAGUGGACCUGAGAAGUGUCGCGGCAGUAGAAUGGAACAGGAAGUAGCCAGCAAGGCGGGAGCCAGGGGAGGCACAGAAAUCAGUGAGACAUGGAUUCUGCCUUGUUUGGGAAGGAAACUAAGCUCCUGUCAUCUUGGCUGAUGUUACAAUCAGAUUGUUCAGGGUUAAGCUUCCUCUCUGUCAUGCCUGUCAUUGUUGUGAUGCUGUGGUAGGAAGUAAACAACAGUAGCAGCUCACUUGUAUCAUCUCUCCCGUCUGUAACGCAGUUUGUUUGAAAUUUAAAUCAAGAAACGGUUCACUCUGGGCUAGGUUGAGGUCAUGGCUUGGUGGGGAUCAUAGGAGAGCUUGGUUCCUUCUGAACCCACUAUUGCCAGCCGUGUCCUGUCUCUCUUCCACAGCUGCCCCUCACAGGUUUUUUCCUGUCUCCCUGGGGUCCCUGGCACAUCAGCGUUUCCAGCACUAUGACUUCCUACCAGCAAUCUCCUUAGCCCUUGGUGGUGUCAGAACUGAAAAUGUGUUUUAUACGGUAACAUAAACAUCUCAGCUAGUUGCCUCUCACCUGCCUCUAUCACUGUGGCUUUUUAAAAUCAUGUUAUUUUGACUUUUAAGUAAAAAAAAAACAAAACACAAAACCCUUCAACCUAACUAGGUUUUGCCCUGACUGCUGAGUUAUUUCCCCCUAUUUCUUUCCUACUUAAUUCCUCCCCAACACUCUAUCUUCAUCCAUACUGCUCUGUGCUGUGCUUCAAGCUCUGUUGAUUGGACAGAAGUUCAUCAGCAAACUCACCUUGAAUUGGCGAGAUGGUAAAAUGAUGAUUUAGUAGUGUCACUAAAGUCUUAAUCAUACAUGACCUACUAGAGGAAAGAUAAAAUGGUUUCCUUUAUGGGGAAUCAUGCCUGACUUGUACAUUCUAGUUUUUUGAUGAUAAAAAGAAAUAUACAUUCAAGAAGGAAAGAUCUAAUUUGCUCAGACUUUUAAAGACUUUUUGUUGUGAUUUUCCACUAAGACAAUUUUAAAAACAGCAAUUACUAUGAGUUUAUGGGAAUAUCCUCUCAUGCUUAGGAAACAACUGAGAGACUUAAGAAUAAACAUCUUUCUGAGAGAAUGUUAACAGGGUAAGUUCCCUGUCGGUUGAUGCUUGGUUUAACCUUAUUUAAGAAUUUUAUAAAUAACCUGAAAGUAGGAUAUUACAAUACAGUCAAAUGUCACUACUUCCAGGCAGUGAAGAUAAACCAGAGGAGAUUAAAAAAAAAUUGCAGAAGAUUCACAGACUGGGCUGUGAAUACUCAGGAAAGUGUCAGGUGAGAUUCUCUGUAGGUUAGUGUGAAACAGUGCCCUAACAGGAGAAUCAGCAAUCACUGAGACAGUGAGCUCUGGAAAGAGCUCAGGAAAGAAAUCUAAGCAUUGCCAUGAGGGAAGAGGGAUCAGAGUGCUGCAGGGCGUGUGGAGCCAACGCAGAAAAUAGCAUCUCAUGAAAGACCGUGGUAACGCCUUAAGUGAUCUGUGCACUUCUAGGGACCUUACUUACAAAGUAUGUGGUAAAAGGAGAAAAGGUCUAGAGAACAGCAAAAAUCAUCAGGGGUGGAGGUAUACAUCUUUAAAAUGUGAGCUCCAGUUCUGAAAAGGAUGAAAGCGGAGGGUAGUGUUAGGUCAGGUAUUCAGUCAAGAUCCAGGACAUGUGCUUCGGGUCCCAAAAUACUAGGGCUGGCCCUUGCAGCCUUAGCACCUACAAGCACUUCUUGUAGCAAAUCAGAAACUCCUAGGGCUCUCUGUUCAAGAAGUGGUGCUGUAAGAAACUGUAUGGGUGCAGAAGGUUUAAGAGGAAUCCUUGCAUGAUGACUUUCCAAAAGGAAUUAUAGGAAACUAGGGUUAUUUGGUGAUACACAACAGAGUUACCCACUGCAUCCCUCCACAGACUCCCCUUUAAGUGCUUCUGUCAAAGGCAGAAUGAUGAACAAAAAGGAUCACUGGUCCUCUCCAGUGUGGUGUGUCUAAUGUUCUUAGAGGGGACAGAGGAAGAGCCAGUAGCCAGGAGAUAGAAUUAUCCAACCCAGCGUUCACCUGCAUUGGUCUAAAAUUGCACUCUGGUCCUCUUCCCUUCCCCUGCUUUCCUGCCCUCCCCAUCCCUCCACGCAGAGAAUUGCCUGGUAUACUUUAAGUAUGCGCUUAGUAGGAGGCAAGAGAAAUCUGGCAAGCGCCGAGGCUCACCCCUUAAUAACCAGAGCUCACUCAGGUUUCUGGGCUCUCUGGCGCUCUUGUCCAUGUGACAAAUGUAGCCCUAGAAUUUGAAUUUCCUUAUGUGACCAGCUUUGGCCAUUGUCUUGAAGUUCCUCCCUCAGGAAAUAUGGUAGAGGGUCAGCAUCCCAUGGAAUUUUAGUGAAAGUCAUCUUGUAUAACUUCAUACUCCUAUUCACUGGGGGAAGAAAACCUUUCAUAAUGAAGAAAUGUGAUCUUGUUGGUAGUCCUCAGGAUAAAUGAAAAGGAUGGAAGGAAAGAAAUAGUAGUAUCAGCUCCUUUGGACUGCUGACGAUUUCUGCCUUGGAGCUUUAAGACUGUGAACACGAAAUAAUAAUACCUCAAGAAAAUGUCUGGAGUGAAACACCACUAUCCAAGAGACUUCCACCAGCGCAGUCAGCGUGUCAGCUGUGAAGCGUUUACACCUUGUGUUACCUGUGACUGUCUAGAUUUCCUGUUUACGAGGAGGUACUGGAGAUAUGCUUUAGUGUACAUGGACUGGUUUAAAUCUCUCAGCGAAGCUGCAGGGGUGGUUAUCAAUCUCAAAUUCUGUUUUUAAGUCACUGGAAUCAUUAAGCUAGUUUAUUAGACCUAAGAAGAAAUGGGUUCUAGUCUAACGAUGGCUGCAUUUUGCUGUGUAUUUAAUCUGACCCUCAUUUUGCCACGGGCCUCCACCUUUAUGUACACUUUUUCAUGGUUCUGAAAGGAAUGGUUUCUGUGUUUGGAAUAUACAAGGCUUAAGGCAGCCCUCACAUACCACAUAACUGAAAUUCUUCCAUUUCACCCACUUAGGUCAGUUUUCCCAUAGGCUAGUUUAGGGUGUAGUGGAAAGAAGGUGGUUUGAACAUAGCGAUACAGGAACUUUCCAUUCCAAACCUUUAAGGUUUGUUUGUUUUCUUCCCUCCCUUAUAUAAUAUUUACCUUAACUUCAAAAACAGUUAAUAGUAAUACCACAAAAUGAUGGAAACAGCAUUGCUACACAAGCUAGUAAGAUGACAUCUGGUUACUUGAGAACUGCAAGAGCUGUGUCACUGCUUUGUGACUGACCACUCAUUAUUGUGCUUCAAGAGAUUCUAGUGUGAUUGUGAUGGCUUCUCCUUUCUGGGACUAUAACCUUCCCUGGAAUCUUCCCCUACCUCCUGCUAGAGUAGGAAUAUUCCCAUUCACCUCUGGGUAGGUACAUAUAGUUGCUGUUGUUGAAUGGGGAUUAUCAUCUCCAUCUCUUACAACAGAUACAAGGGGAAAUACUCUUAGAUAACCUUAAACUGUGAGGCUUUGCUAAGUGGCUAUACUUGGGAUGUGAACUUUAGUAUCUGUAAAUUUCAGCCUUAUCCAGUAUCUCAUACUGCAAUAGGUAUAGCUCCUUGAACCACUUAAAAAGCCUCCUCUGGAGCUGAUAUGUAUUUUUAUUUAUUUGGUUUUCCCUGCAGUUUUUGGUCAAGAUUUAACCUGAGUCUUACAGUGUUUCUUUGUGGAAUGCACCACUGAAGCGUCUUCUCCACUAGCUAAGUACAUGUUUAAAGCCAUGGGUUUUAAUGCUAGACACUAAAAUCCAGAUUUGCCCAACUGUGUGUGUCUCAGCUGUUUCCCCCACUCAGGGUGCUAACCAGAAUUGGAAUCUUUACUGACAUGCUCAGGAAAGCUUCACAAGGGAAAAGCUUCAGAAGCCCUCUCCUUAAGGCACUGAAUAAUAGGAAAGAACUCUUGGGGAUUGCCCAUUGCCAAUUUUAUUACAGUAGCCUUAUUACUGCUAAUCACUGUCAGUAUAAAGUAACUCCAUUCCCCUCUACUUGAGGAAAACAAUGAGAAUGUAUCCAAUGAACUGGAAUAUUGGUCAGUAUUGAGAACUUUUAAUGUUGCAAUAUCUAAUUAAACCUUGAGUGUACUGGUUCUGUGAACCACCUGAAAAAAGCAAAUUAAACUUAUUAAACAGUA